CUGGUUUCCGAGCAAGCAAAGUGGCCUGCCGAAACUGUGUACGCCUUGGCCUUGGGGAUGGGUGGCCGUUGGUACGUGCCAAAGAACCCGCCUACAAGCGUGUCACUCGGUGACGAGUGCAGUCAUGCGAACUCUCGACUUGGCGAACAGAUCGAUAGUGUUCUGCAGGUCUGCGCGGACCGGGGCUUCAACAGCACGUUCUACCACGACGCAACCUACGAAGCAUCUGUUUCGUAUGACAGCUCGAAGAACUGGCUUUUUACAUACGACAGCGCACUUUCGCUUCGAUCUAAGUUAUGCAAGACCAAGCGGACAGCGGUGCAUGUCGACUACACUUUGGCUGCGGCCAACAUUCAGUUCGAAGACUUCAUGAACUACUGCGGCUUUGGACCUUACGGCCGGCUCGUAAUGUUGAAAACCUUGGCCAACUUUCUAACGCGUAAUUACACGUCGGCCGACAAAGAGGGCGCAUGCAUGGCGCUCAGCUAG